CGCGAUCUUGCGCAGCACGGUCGCCGCCCCACGCGCUCCUAUCCCAUUUCUCAUUUUUCUGACGUUGACCACACAUGACGACCACGGUGCCAGAGAUUGUCAUUGUCGGCGGCGGCUACGCGGGCAUCCAGCUCGCGCAGGCCCUCGCGUCGAGCUUGCCAGCGACCAUCGCGCACGUCACCGUCAUUGAGCAGCAGUCUUUCUCGUUCCAUGCGAUUGGCGCCCCGCGCGCGCUCGUAGACAAGAGCUUUGUGCCCAAGCUCUUCAUGCCGCUCGACAAGGCACUGCCAGCCCACGCGACACUGGUGCGUGGCAUCGCAGAGUCCAUUUCUGCCACCGACGUGGGCGUUCGUCUUAUCACAGAAGACGGCGACGAGCUUAGUACGACGACACAAUCGAUUCGGUUCGACCACCUUGUGCUCGCCACGGGCAGCGGAUACCCCGCGCCGAUCAAGGUCGCCAACAACGUGUACAACCGGUCAACCAUUGAGGCGUCGCUUCUCGAGACGUACGAUCGCAUUGCGGCAGCUUCCAGCGUCUUGAUUGUCGGGGGCGGCGCCGUCGGCUGCGAGAUCGCGGGCGAGAUUGCAACGACGUACCCGGAAAAGACCGUCACGCUCGUCGAUGGCAACAAGGAGCUCGUCUCGAACGCUGUGGUUUCCGACAAAUUUCGUACACGCCUUGCGGACGGCCUCACGCAGCGCGGCGUCAAGCUCAUUCUGGGCGAGCGACUGCCAGAGCGGCUCACGGCGCAUUCGUAUGCGACCACAACGAUCACGCUCUCGGGUGGCACGCAAGUCACGUCCGACGUGCAGCUCGUGUGCGCCGGUGGCACGCUCAAUACGUCGCUCAUCGCGGCGCUGGACCCGUCGCUGGUGACGCCCACCGGCAUCAAAGUCACACCGGCCUUCCAAGUCGACGAUCCCAAGUAUCAAAAUAUCUAUGUUCUUGGCGAUGCGAGCAACCACCCGUCGCCCAAGAUGGCGUACAUUGCCGGCGCGCAAGCCAAGUUUCUUGCCGCCGGGCUUGUUAAGAAGAUCAAAAACGGCACGCCCUUGCCGCCGUUCUCGGCCGGCUCGACCCAAGGCCUUUUGAUUCCAAUUGGCCGAGACGGCGGCGUCGCGCAGCUUCCACUCUUUGGCGGCGCUUUGCCGGCGACUGGCUCGUGCGCAUGAUCAAGAGCAAGGAUUACUUUGCAGCCAAGACGUGGGCCACGUGGAACGCAGCGCUGCCGCAGUAAUUGGACGACCUUGUAUCACAAUGAAUGGAUAUCUACAGUGUAC